GCCUGGCGCGCACCCCAGCGGCGAGCGGAAGAGCAGGCGCUUCUCGGUGGCGGCGGAAGCGGAGAGCGACAGCGUCCCGAUUGAAGUGGUGCCAUGCAGCAAGAUGCAGAGAGAUGCAGAGUUCGAACCAAAAGACCUGACAUGGCACUCUAUGUACCUAAAGCUCGAAGGGGAACAUCUCUCCUCAAGUCAGGUGACCAGGAGGAAAGCCAUGGGCCUCCUGCCUUUGUGCCAAAAGAGCAAAAUGAAGGUUGUCUUCCCCAAAAGAUCUCUGCAAGUAAACCCGAGUCCCAAAGACUAGGUGCAGGUCUCUCUGAUAGAAAGAAUAUUGACUGUAGAGAAGGAAAGAGAUCUUCGUCAAAAUUAAGGAAAGACAGGUGCCCACAAAAAAAGAAUAAAGAGAAGGCUUGUUCUAAGAAAGGAACUGAAGAAUCCAUGGAAUCCUUGUCCCGAGAGCAUCAGCACGGAGCUCCCGAUGCUGGGGUUGAGGCUAGUAUACCUUUACGAAGACUUCUUAAACCAAAGGAGGUGGACUGUUUGGAAGUUCAAACUGCGGGAGCGACAGGACACUGGGGGGUGUCUCCAUCGCAGUCUUCCUCAGAAGUCAGUGUUGCUCAGGUUCCAAACAGACCAUUCCAGAAUGUGGAGCUCUGUGAUUUCAGUGGGGAAACUUUUGUACAUAGAAAUUUUGAAAGCAGUAUUGUAACUGAGGCCAAAGUUAUGGAGCUAGUCUCCCAAUUUCCUCAAGUCGUUACCACUCUGCUGAAACCAGACGGUAUGGCUAUGCCAGUAACACUAAGUUCUGAUUCUGAAACUGCACCAUACAAUAUGGAAAUAUCAGAUGGUGUGUCGAAGCACAGUCCUGGGAACAUCGCAGCAGUUUCUGUUCCUGGAGGUCCAGAUGAUGAUGAUGAUGAUGAUGAUAAUUCAACUUUUGUAGACCUUGAAGCUGAGAGUAAGGGUGCAGUCAACAGUACAGAGUCUGUCUUGGGUCAAAAAGGUGUAGAUUCCAUUCCUGAGACUAUGGGUAAUGUUUCUCUUAAAAUGGCUAUAGUCAGCAGAUUAGAGAGCACAAAUGGCAUUAUUGAUCCAGCAGUGACUAGAGAAUGUGAGAGUGACAGCUCUGCUGAUGAGUUAUGUGUAAAGUCUGAACCUUCUGAUACAGCGGUCCUUAUUCUUGAACUUGACACAGAUAAUGGAUUUAGGAAUGUAUGUGACAAUACCAGCAAGGCAUGUAUGGUGGACACUGCAGAUACAGUUUGUGACCCAGUAACUGUAGGCAGCCCUUGUACAGUUGGAGAAUCUGGUGAAAGUAGUGAAAACUCAAGAAAUUUCUCAGAUUAUAUAGAAAUGAGUGCAGAUGUAGCCCCACUUGAUAUAGCUAAGAGUGAGAACAAUUCUCAAAACAUUAGCAGCCUAAGUGCUGGCUCACAUAUUUAUGCUGAGAGUAUUGCAUCUGGCAUUACAGAGUCAGCAGGAAAGUUGAUAGAAAGUGUGCCAGAUAGUGCUUCCUCUGUACCCAUAGAGAAGACUGCUGAUAGUGAUAUCACCACUUGUCUGGACUCUGAACUGACUGUGUCAAAUGCAUCAGGCGUACUUUUGGAGAGUGCCUGGGGCAGUGAUCUGGAUACUACUGAGGAGAUGACAGAGGCCUUUCAUGACCUAAGAACUGCUGAAGAGUUUAAAACAAAAGAGGAAGAUGACUCAGAGAGUAUAGUGUGUGGCAUAUCAUUUUCUGAUUCAUCUGUGGAAACAUCUGUAGAUCUAAAAACAACAGGCACUUCUCACAUACAAGGAAGUAUUGCUAUGGAAGAAAGCUGGGAAUCUAUGUUUAAUGACGAUGGCGAUUGUAUAGAUCCACGUCUUCUUGAAGAGUUAUCUGGGAAUAUGAAGAACAGAAAAAGCAUCCAGGAGCCUAGAUUUGAUUAUUACAGCCAUGAACUUCCUGAUAUUGACCUCAGUGAAUGUGAAUUCCCACAUGUCAUUGAAAUUUAUGACUUUCCACAAGAAUUUCGUACAGAAGACCUUUUGCGGAUUUUCUGCAGUUACCAAAAGAAAGGAUUUGAUAUUAAAUGGGUAGAUGAUACACAUGCCUUAGGAGUUUUCUCCAGUCCAAUCACAGCUCGCGAUGCCCUGGGUAUUAAACAUACCAUGGUGAAGAUCCGGCCCUUGUCACAGGCCACAAGAGCAGCCAAGGCCAAAGCUAGAGCUUGUGCUGAGUUUCUCCAGCCAGCAAAGGAACGACCUGAGACUUCAGCAGCCUUAGCCAGAAGGCUGGUCAUCAGUGCCCUUGGGGUUCGAAGCAAACAGAGCAAAACUGAAAGGGAAGCAGAGCUCAGGAAACUGCAGGAAGCCCGAGAAAGAAAACGGUUGGAAGCCAAGCAACGGGAAGACAUCUGGGAAGGCAGAGACCAGUCUGUGGUUUGAAUAUCACUUCCUGAAAGGAAUGAAUCCCUGAAGUAGCAAGUAUUUGAUGUUCUCCAGACAGGAGGAUCUUUCCAGAGCUGGGCACAUGCAGAAGAGCAUGUUACAGGAAACGAGAACAAGACAGAAGACUUAGAGAGCAAAGUCCAAUCCUCACUCUUGAGUUCAGACCUGUCCACUGUGAUGGAGACGGUCAAAGGAACUAUCAUGUAGGAAGGAAAAUGGAAGAGUCCUGAGUGGAGCAGGUCACGCCUCCAGGAAGUCUAAAGCAAAUGUAAAGCCAAACAGGAUUCAAGCCUACAGUGACAGGAGUCGGAGGGCACUGGCAGGUGUUCCUAACUUCUCAGAGUUGAGACCUGAAGGGCGAGGGACCGCAGUGAGGGGGCAGUGGAAGCAGCUCACAGACAUGAGUGCCUGGUGCACUCGGCGCAUACGGAGACUACACUGCUAGCCCAGAACUCCAGAGCCACUGAACCACGGCAUUUGGACUCCUGAGCUUGUACUAAGCUUGGUGUCUGGUACUGCUCCAGCUGCACAGCAGCCAGGGGCUGCUGCCUUCCUUCCUCACAAAAACCAGGCCUAAGGAGCUGAGUGCUAGCUCCAGUUUAAUCAGUGAUAUGUUGUGAGAGGGAGAAAUUAAAGGCUAUUUUAUAACAUAAAUCAUUUUGGUGUUUAUAAAUCUUAACCCCCGCCUAAAAACCAACAACAUCGGAAGAAGAAAACAGAAAAACCUGUAGAUGAGUUCUUUAGCUUCAUGUCUGAUGAUGUGCCUGGUUUAAACAGGACUUUUAUCAGCCUAGCGAGUACAGUGCUCAGUCUUUUCUGCCCAGGGGUAGAUCCCUUAGUGAUCAUCUUGGCAGCUCUCUGUGGCAGCUUCUCUUGCCCACAUCUCCUCAGACAUCUUCUCUCCAACCUCUGCAUUUUCCCAUAGCUGUCAAAUCUGACACCCUACAGGAAACAUCUGGGACACAGUAUGUUCUUGGUACUAGCCUGUGCCAGAGGGGCUUGGCAUGCAACUCCAGACCCUCCAGCACAGAGAUGAGUCUCCAGGAUAAAAUAAACACCUCUAGCAGUGAACAGUUUCCAAAAGGACACAGACAGGUUAGAGCCUCCAACUCAGCCUUUUCUCUCACAGCUGCCUUCUUGGUGGUUUUGGAAAGUAGUUCUGUGCUGAAGAAACGGUAGUGCUAGUCUUUAAGGUGCUGAAGUGGCAGGAACUGGUGUCACACUGUGUUUGCAAUUGGGGCAGAAGCUUCUUUUUAUACCCAUGACAAUGAUGGAUUAUUAGCGUUGUCUAGAACAUGGUAGAAUGGAGCUCUUCAAAUAUCCCUAGAUGGCCCUGGCCUUGGGUCUGAGUCCUGACCUGUCCCUGUUGCUAAUCCCGUCUGGAGCUCUAUCACAGUUCUUCAGCAUUGUUUCUUCAUUCCGGGUUUGCUUUCCCAGAGGCCCUGUACAGUGCCACCGUUCCAUAUGUGGGGAAAUGCACUGUUUUCUCGGUCCUCUGUUUCUGUCAGGUCUUCAGCUUCCACUUGUACAGCCUGUGCUCUGCUUUCGCUCUGUUUACUAUGCUCUGUUUGAGCAAUGGAUACAUUGAAACAAAAUGCCAAGGAUUCCAGUAUUGCCUUUUAUUAUUUUUAUGUUAUUUAUUAUUAAUAUAAUAAUAUAUUAUAAAUAUAUUUAUUUUUAUAUUACAUGUU